GAGACGUUCUACUACACGGCCGCCGCCGGGGAUAGGGGCGUGCCUUUGUCGCCGCGCUGAUUAACUGAGCAGGGACCUGGGCCGGGGAGAGACAGCAGCGUCAACUGAUGAUGGCGGGGAGUCGUGCAGUUCUGGAGGUCGUGCUGGUCACUUCUAUACUAGCAGUCGUCGGCUCCGUUGAUCCCGAAGUGCACAUGGACGCCAUUGAGCUCAUUAAAUCAAAGGGGUAUCCCGCAGAGCGUCACUAUGUCACUACCCCUGAUGGCUACAUACUGCAGAUGCACAGAAUUCCCUACAGCAAGAACGCCAACGGGAGCAGUAACAUCACGAGACCUGUGUUUUUCCUUCAACAUGGGCUUCUCUGCUCGUCAACAAACUGGCUUACUAAUCUGGCGAACGAGAGUUUCGCUUUCAUUCUGUCAGACGCCGGUUUUGACGUGUGGAUGGGGAACGUGAGGGGAAACACGUACUCCCGAAACCACACCCACUUGACUGUCCACGAUAAAGCCUUCUGGAAUUUCUCUUUUGACCAGCAUUCACUGAUUGAUCUACCAGCGAUGCUGACUAAAACCAUGGAAAUUUCAACACAAAACAAGCUAUUCUAUGCCGGACACUCUCAGGGAACGAUAAUGGGAUUUGCAGGAUUCACUGCAAACAAAACUCUCGCCGACCACAUCACAGCUUUCUUUGCGCUCGCUCCUGUGACCACCGUCAAAGACGUAAAGGGCCUGUUUGCUGCAGUGGAGUAUGUCUACAAACCAUUGGAGUAUCUUUUCAAUCUGUUCGGAGAGGGUGAAUUUUCACCAAACGACGAAUUUAUCGAUUGGGCUGCAGACUACAUCUGUCCUUUAGACAUUGAGAUUGAGGAACUCUGUCGCGACGUCAUAUUCCUCAUCUGCGGUUUCGACGUCAGCAACAUUAAUGUGACGCGUAUUCCAGUGUAUUACUCCCAUACUCCUGCUGGAACGUCCGUGAAGAACAUCGUCCAUUACGCAAAAGAGAUGAAAUCAGGAAAGUUCAGAAAGUAUGAUUAUGGUACUGAAGGUAACCUAAAAGCCUACGGAACGGUAAGCGAUUAUAAAUAAAUCUCAUCUAAAACUGCAUUUUAGCAAUGGGAUUUUGCCAUUACUUUAGGCUAUGUAUCCACAUGUAGUUAUAUAUCGUUUUUCAAAUUUGAAAUCCGACUUCCCCUGUGCAGCGUGAGCCUCCAAACUACAACACGUCCGAGCUGUCGGUUCCCACGGCGCUGUUCUCCGGAGGUCACGAUUGGCUGGCUGACCCUGACGACGUCGCUCGUCUCGUUCCCCAAAUAAAGGACACCGUCUUCAACCACACGAACAUCUCGUACUACGAACACCUGGACUUUAUCUGGGGUCUGGAUGCCAGGUACAAGGUUUACGAUCCCAUCAUCGAAAUGACUAAGAAGUUCCUCUGAUUGACUUUGUAACUUUUGUGUACAUCAUGGUACAAAUGUUUUUAACAAUCUUUCUACGACAGUGUGCAUUACUCUUUGUAUCGUUUUAAUUUUUUAAUUCUUGUAAAAGAAGAGAGUAUAAUUAUACUUUCAUUUGGUGACCAUAAUUUGUGAGCUAUAUACAAGAUUGACUACCUCUGUUCAAAGUCGUUCGUUGGAUUACCCAAAGUUCUGGAGAUAUUUUGCCGUCUCUGUGCGUACGGAUGCGAGGGGUUGUGCGUGGCUCGCGGCCUCUCUCCUCGGCGCACUCUCUCCUCUCUCCUGCGGUCCAUGUACGGCUUGGCCAGCACGAACAGCCCGGCUGACGCCAGCACAAACCCAAACCAGACACCGCAAGUGAUGAGCGUCCGCCGAAUCCGCAGCUGCAGCGAAGGCUCCAGGUCUCUAAAGCGCGUGGCGACUUGCCCGGCGGGAUUCUCGGGUGUUGCAGCGGGCGCUGCUGGCCUCUUCUUCUUCGUCUCUCGUCCUGCCGCAGCCAUCGCUUCGCUA